ACCUCUUUCCAUACUUUCGAAUUUCUUACUUCGUGCACCAGAAUUACAACAUUUUGCUAAAGCGGGGGAAGUAACACCAGUGACCUGACAGAAAUUGGCUGCAACAAAGCACGAUGGCAUCCCAGAUCGUCUUUAUUGGGUUGAUCCUUGCCGCUGUUGGCAUUGCUGCUGCCAUGCCAGCCAGCAAACAACUAUUGCCGCCACCGAAACCAGUGCUUUGCGGGGAAACAUACUGCCGUCUGACGGAGGUUUGUGCCACUAACCCGAUCCUCUGCAUGAAGGAACCAUGCGAGCCUCGCCAGAAAUGCGUUCCGUAUGACGUCGCCCACCGUCCCGGCAAGUGCCCCACUCCCCACGGACCUGGCUUCUGCCUGUUCGGAUGCGAUACCGACACCUACUGUCAAGAAGGUCACAAGUGCUGCUCCAAUGGAUGCGGACAAGUGUGCAUGCCCCGUGUGUUUGCUUAAGCGACAACAGUCGUUAGAGCUGUACGAUUUAUCUGCUCGCACUAUCUGCACUACCUCGUAGUUCUGCACCAAGCAGUACAAGUAGAAUUCUGGCUCAGACCCUCUGUCGCAGUCAAUACUGUCAACGUUAUUCUAUACCCUGAGACGUUGCUAAAACCGCUUUAGACCUUGGCUCGGAUACGAUAGUGAAAACCAAUAUAAAAUUAUCUUGUCUAAUAGAAAAUUCAGAAAUGCGCAAAUGACAUUUUUAUUGGCUAGAUGAAAGCGGUUCUUCCAGUUACUUAUACAGAUCCAGCGCUCUAUGAAGGAAACAGCUAUAAAAACAUCAAGAUAA